GGGGGCGGAUCCGAAUGACGUCACAGCAAGCGGAAAUAUUUUUCCUGACCACUUCCAGUGUUAUUUUGCUGUACUUUGAAUUCUCCGUAGCUUUUAGUCAAGUGUGGCAUCGCUUGUCUCUACGUUCGCUGCCGAACAUGUGUCUUUUCCCCCCGAGCAUUGUGAGCUGGGGCGCACGACUAAUAUAUUUUCUGGCACAUUGGGAUAAACUUCUGUCGCUUUAAAAGCUAGUCGGUCAGCUAACUCUACGACUGUGGCGCUUUUUUAGCAUAUCCUCGUGGCUCCGUUAAAUCACACGGGGUGAUUUGUGGGGGAUCAUUUGCUCGUACUCUUUCCCCUCGUAGUACGCCCUGCCUGGUCAUUUUUAACGUGGCUAGCUAAGCGAAGUAAUAUGUAAUCUUGCAAAACUGGGAUGUAAUGCUAAUGUACUGUCGCUCCUGUGGGUGGUUGUUACAUUCCGUGGGCGUGAAAGAAAGGGCUGCUAUGGUGUCUCUGGUACGUGUUCCUACACUUGGCUGACGGCGACACACCUGGCCCAGCAUGAAGUUCCCGGUGUCCAGAAUCUCCUUCUGUGUGGGUUUCCUGGUGGGAUUCUUCAUGCUCUACCUGUUUCAAGGGCAAGUGGGCUUCAACAAGAAUUUCUCUGUGCAACCGAUUGGCAAAUUGGUACUCGACCAUCAGCAUGAGCAGCAUGAAGAAGACAGCAGGUGGAAGAAGGAGAGGUCUGCCCUCUUCAACCUUAAACACCCUCAUCAUUCAGAUGAGGAUAGCAGCAUGGCAGAUGAACUGUACAAAAAAGUCCGUGUGCUUUGCUGGGUGAUGACUACUCCUACCAACCUGGAGAAGAAGGCCCGCCACGUGAAGGAAACGUGGAGUCGUCACUGUAACGUGAUUGUCUUUGUGAGCUCUGAAAGCAAUCACGACUUCCCAGCUGUAGGUUUGGAUACAAAAGAGGGCCGCGACCAGCUUUACUGGAAAACCAUCCGAGCGUUGCAUUACGUCCACGAGCAUUACGGCAACGACGCCGACUGGUUUCUCAAGGCGGACGACGACUCGUACGUAAUAGUGGACAACCUUCGGUGGGUGCUUGCAAAGCACACGCCGGACGAGCCGGUUUAUUACGGUCGGAGAUUCAAGCCCUACGUCAAGCAGGGCUACAUGAGCGGCGGCGCCGGCUACGUGCUAAGCAAGGAGGCUCUGCGGCGCUUUGUCCAAGGAUUUCAAAACAAAGUGUGCACUCACACCAGCUCGGUGGAGGACCUUGCGUUGGGCCAGUGCAUGGAGAAAGUCGGGGUGCUGGCAGGAGACUCCAGAGACACUUUACAACGGGAGACAUUUCAUCCCUUCAUUCCUGAGCAGCACCUCACUGCCAAGUUCCCGAAGAGCUUCUGGUAUUGGAGCUACUGCUACUACCCCAUCUCAUUGGGUCCAAACUGCUGCUCAGACUUGUCCGUGUCCUUCCACUAUGUGCACGACAGCAACAUGUAUUUGUUGGAGUACUACGCCUAUCACCUGCGUGCCUUUGGCUACAAAUACCGAUACCGCCCCCCCACCCCGCCCGGCUACACCCGCGAGCGGUCAGAUGCCGCCGCCGUUGCUGCGGCUGCUGACGAUGUCGCCGACAAAGAGAACAAAGAUGAUUCUCAGGUAAAAGCGCAAAAAGGUGGUGUAAAUAGUGAAAAGAGACCAGAUGAUUCCCUGCCUCCAGCUGCCAAACUGUAGGACCAUGUGGGUGGGACAAACUAUUGGAUUUAUUCAUGAAGAAUCUGUUGUCUUAUACUUGAAUGAAAAUAACCGAAAGUAUGAGACAUUUUUUCUUUCUAGUUUGUCAGGUCAAGUCAGCCGGAUUCAAUCAGAUAGCCACAUUCUUUUUGAAAUACAAAAGAAAACUUUUUUUUUUUUUUAUGUGUUCACCAGCUAGAGUCGUGCCAGUGUUCAAAACAUUUCUCAAGAUAACAAACCCGGUUGGGUCACCAUGUCAAGACAUUUGUCAUGGUGGCUGCUACACGCCUUGAGCUAUCCAAACUGUUGCGUCAACUGCAGUGUCACAUAGGAUGAAUGACCAACCAUUGUUCACAAGAUUCAUCCGUGACCUUAACCCUAUUCAGUUCUUUCCCUCGUUAAGUCAUUGUUGACAAUUGUUGUCGCUAUGGUGACAAAAAGAAUCACAUUUAUUUCCCCCUUUUUCUCAACAUUGUCCAGUUCAUUUUAGUAUACCAGCAUACCAAAAGGAAAUCGCCCUGCCGACAGGGUAAAAGACAUUUUGACAUUUUAGAAAUGGUACCAAGCAGUUAAGAAUAAUUACAUUGGAUACUUUAAUGAUUAAAAAUUGACCAGCCCAAGUUGCAUCUUGUUUUCUGAUCCGACGAAGGAAACUCAACGUACUCGGUCCACAGCAGGCUUUCAGGAUGUUGAUUUGUCCUAGGAGGUUAAGCAAACCUUUCCACUGGUGCAUUCUUCCAAAGAAAGAAGGCCGCUACUCAAUGAGCCUUGACAAAUGCUCGGUUUGUGUUGAAAGGACUAACUUGGACUAAGCAAGCAUCACAUUGGUUGGUUCUCACCGCGGUGGGUAUGUUGACACGUGAAUUUGCGAUGUAACGUCACUUUGAAGGUAGAGGGGAAGCCUUUCCAAAUGAUGAGCAUGGCCUUUGCAUGCCAGUGCUUGAAUUUCACUCGAUUUUCUGCAAUGUUAUGAAUUGUAACAAUGAUGUGGUUGACACUUUUUUUUUUUGCUUUUGUAUAUUGUGCAUUUUAAACUGUCAAUCCAAAAAUGCUCAUUCUUAAAGAUUGGGACGUGGCAGAUACUUUUUUUUUUUUCUUCAAAUGAAAACAAAUAUAUUUGUUAGGUAUCUUUCCAAAAGAAUCCCGCAGUUUCAUUUUUGCUAAAGAAAAUUUAAGACGGAUUGAGACUAUAAACAGCCGCACCAUUUUAACAAUCGUUUAGGGGGUGGUCUAUUUUUCUAAAUGUAGGACUGCGAGCGUACAUCUUGUCAUCAGCAGUUUGUAUUUUACUCAUCAGCAUCCAUGUAAUUUGUCUUUAUCCCUUCCCAAAGUAUAUUUCUUGAGUACCUGCACCUUCCCAAGCCAUUUCUGUUCAGACAAAAACUUUUUUUUUUCCUUAAUCAUCAAAACUGCUUUUAUUUUCAGACAAUCCGAUAACAUUAAAAUAGCUCUUAAGGGAAAGGUGUACAGUACUGGAAUUAUGUUUGCAAUGUAUUUAUAACUGCAUUAAUGUUUUUGGAAUUGAGUAUUUUUUUAAAGUGAGUGUGUGGUCAGGCUAUUUGCAGCCACUGGUACUUUAAUCACCAUGAAUAAAUUGUAUUUGAUUGUA